UUGUGAAAUGGGGUGACCGAGAGUCAUAUGAAUUGGGAAGAAAACAAAAGAAAAAUAAGGGAAGAGAAGAGGAACAACUUCGCAGCAGUGUCUUCUUAAUGGUUAGUACUGAGAAGAGUUUAAAGGCAUGAAAAAGACAGCAAGAGAGAAAAAAGGCUCGCUUUUUCAUGCUUAUACUUCCAUGAGUCCGCACACAAAGAAAUAACGCUUUUUUCAUUUAUAGUAUAAACAAAGCACUCUCAGAGUCUGUGAUGGCUAUUUUUGUUGCAUAGUGUUUCAGAUCUGUGUCGUAUAAAGCAGAAGUGAGGUGGGUGAGGGUAGUAUUUUGCUGGAUGAGUGCUAGUUAAUCCUUAUGGCGUCUGAAACGGCGUCGUCUGCGGAUGAAGAAACCGUUGUUGUUUCAGUUGCAGUUGCAGGAACAGGAGCCACUGAUAAAAGGGGCAAGCACCGGAUUCUAGCCGAAUUGAAGCGUCUUGACCAAGACUCCAAGUUUCUUCAGGAAGAAUUGGAGGAGCUUGAGAAAGCAGAAAAUGUGUCAACCAUAUGCAUGGAUGCAGCUUGCUACAAAACAUGGAAAGUAAGCCUGAUCCACUGCUCCCAGAAGUACAUGGACCUGUAAAUGUCUUAUGGGAUAGAUGGUUUGAAGGGCCUCAGGAUCCGCAAGCAUGUAGAUGUUGGAUACUUUGAUUUGAAGCCGUGUGUUAAUUGCCUUGCGUGGCAAAUAGGAUGCACAUGUUACUGCAUAAAAGUGACUCCGGAGCUGAAGAAUAUGUUUCAUGACAUUUUACACCCCGCUCACUAAUUCUUUGAUGGAUCCUUGCUUUUAUUACAUUAGAUUCUGAUCUGACUACUGUUUGUGUAAUCACAUUCAUUUACUGCAUUCAAUUGGAAAGUAUCAUUGUUUGUGCUUAUACCAGUGUGCAUGUAAUGCAAAGCAUACCUGAAGGAUUAUAAAGAUUUUCUGGCAGGCCUCGUAGCGGUUGGGAAAGCAAAGAACGCUCAUAACUCCUCAUUUCACAAUUAAAUUUGCUACUAUAUAUUUGUAAUCAUGUUGCUUCUAAGUCUUCUUAAGUUCUAGUGUUCUAUGUUGGGCCCAAAAAAAAUCAAUGGGCCUACUACUUAGCAGCCUUUUAACCAAAAAGUGAGGACUGAGGACGUUCAACAGAAAUUGUCUGUUUGGACCCAAAAAAGGAAACAAAAGUUGUCUGUUAUGGUGC